AUGGAUCAAUAUAAGAAAAUAGACCAAGAGCAAGAAAUCAUUGAUGAAGUUAUUAGGACUCUAAGUUCUAAUUUGCCACCAGCCACAUUGGGUGGGAUAUACCCCUAUCAACAAGUCAAAUUUACCCCAAUGGAAUUAGGUUUAAAGAGCAAAUAUGUACAUGACCAACUGCCCAAUGUUGAUAUGAAGAUAAGCUCUACUCCCCCUCCGAUGAUUGCAUUAAAUAUAAGUGUGAUCUCUGGUUGUAGAUAA